CGGGGCUCUGGGCGGAGGCCUUCCCAGGACAUGGAAGGAGGCUCAUCCACAGACACUGAAGGCCACUCAGGCGAGCAUCUGGAAUUUUAAUACAAUGUCAAGACGCAGCAGCCGUUUGCAAGCUAAACUGCAUCAGCCUUGCCAGGAUACAUCUUCUCCACAAGAACUACCAGCAUCUCUUCACAACAGAAAAAGGAAAGCAAUGCAAGACCCCAUGGGAAAGGAAGAAAACAGCAUGAGGCAUCAAUAUGAAAUUCAGAGCUGUUGGCCCUCCACAAUAUCAGGCGGCAUCUCCCCUUGUAUAAUAAUAGAAACUCCUCACAAAGAAGCAACAACCACUGACUUCUCCAGAUUCAAACAAUACAGAUUUAGAAACCUCUUCAUAAACCCAUCGCCUUUACCAGAACUUAGUUGGGGCAGUUCGAAAGAUGUCUGGCUCAAUAUUCUCAAAAAAGAAAGCAAAUAUUCUCACUGCAAGCAUUUUACAUCUCUACACACGAACCUGCAGCCACACAUGAGAUCGAUCCUACUUGACUGGCUUCUGGAGGUGUGUGAAGUAUAUACGCUCCACAGGGAAACUUUCUACUUGGCGCAAGACUUUUUUGACAGGUUCAUGCUGACUCAAAAAAACAUAAACAAAACAAUGCUUCAGCUCAUAGGAAUUACAACACUCUUCAUUGCUGCCAAGCUGGAAGAGAUCUAUGCACCCAAAUUACAGGAAUUUGCUUACGUUACUGAUGGUGCUUGCAGUGAAGAGGAUAUUAUAAGAAUGGAACUCAUUGUACUGAAGGCUCUAAAGUGGGAGCUGUGUCCACAAACAAUAGUCUCUUGGUUGAACCUUUAUCUCCAAGUGGAUGCGGUCAAAGACGCUCCAAAGGUGCUGCUACCUCAGUAUUCUCAGGAAAAGUUUAUUGAAAUAGCACAGCUUUUAGAUAUCUGUAUUCUGGAUGUCAAUUCUCUGGAUUUCCAGUAUAGAAUAUUAGCAGCAGCUGCACUCUGUUAUUAUACCUCAAUAGUAGUAGUCAAGAAAGUUACAGGCUUGGAAUGGGAUAGCAUUGCAGAAUGUGUAGAAUGGAUGGAGCCAUUUUUUCGGGUAGCAAAAAAAUACCCGGUGAAAUUGAAGAACUUCAAGAAGAUUGCAGCAGAAGACAGACACAAUAUACAGACUCACACAAAUUAUUUGGAUAUGCUGGAUGAAGUUCAUUACGAAAUAGAAGUUACACGGCCAAGCCAGCAAUCGCCAGUGUCUACCGGAGGCAUAAUUACUCCGCCAAAGAGCUCUGAAAAGUGAAAUUCAAGUAUCUACAGAUAACAUGCUCAGUCCAGGAACUGUUUAAGACGUCUGAAAACAACACAUAUGGAACUUUUACACACUGAGAAAUGUGGAAGACGGCGAAGCAAGAAGCUCAGAUGUGACUGUCCUGUUCCUUCCAGUUUGCACCUGAACCAGCUCUUCGCCCAAGCACAAACUGUGGAGCAGUUAAAUCCACAACUAUGAAUUUUUAACCUCUUUGAUUUUGAAUUUGAUGAGGGAUGUGGGUUAACCUCUUAACGUUUUAGCUGUGUGUAAGCUAAGCAAUGCCUUUCUAUAACAUGACAAGAGGAGAGGAGAUGUAUUAGCCCAUUUCUGUGGCGAAAAAGCAGAUCUAAAUGAACUAAGUUCCCUUAAGAGGUCAAAUCUUGGCUCUAAGCCCCAUUAUGAAUCUGUAAUAUUCAUGUCAACCUUCCUGUUUCAGUACACAAACUUGUGUAGCUAUGGAAUGGAAUGGAAUUGACUUGAUCUGCAGUUACUAAUGGGUGAGGAGACUCUCUUAAUGUGAGCUACAAUCUUACAGGGCAAGAACUGCUCAUAACUGGAGAAAGAUCACUAUGAUACACUGCCUUUUCUGACAUGAGGUGCUACCAUUUUGUCUAUAUGCAAACAUAUUCCAACAAUGCAAGGGGGGGGGGGGAGUAAACAGAGCCAGAACAGUCUUAGUACUAAGGAGAGCUAAGCUCUGCUGACAGUAGAUCCCUGUUAAUGCUAACAGACUUCAUUCCACUUUAAAAUGCAUUACAAAAGGUAAUGUUGUUGGUGAAAAACACACCUUCAAUAUAUACCUCUGUAUAGUCUUGUAAAAAUGGAGGAAUUUUAAGUUUUCUAUAAAGGAAAAUGCCACACAGUAUGUUUAUAAAUAUGUAUUGUAAAAAAAAGUGUCAUGAGUUAAAUAAAAUAUUGGGAGUAUCUUGCA